UUUGUUGGUGGAUCAGGAGAAGGAGAGGAAGAAACUAGCCUAUCAGGCCUGUGAGGAAAGGCGUCAAAAGGCUAUUGAAGCAAGACAUCAGCGUCUAUCUGCAUGUGAGGUACCCUCUGAUGGGGUGUUGAUCAAAUUUAAAUAUCCAGAUGGACACCUCAACAUGAGGAAAUUCAGCUUGUGUGAGCCAAUUCAGACCUUGUUUGACUUUGUGGGACAAGAUGAUGGUGCCAGUGAAAUCUUUGUGGUACAAGAAGCCACAUCAUCAAGAUCAAUUGAGAGCAGUUCCGCCGGGUCAAUAAUUGAUCAUGGCAUAAAACCAUCCUCAACUCUUUACGUACUUUGGUUUUCAAAUCACCAUGUACAGGAAAUUCUCUCAGGUCAACAAAAUGAUGGAGCUCAUGCCCUAAACCAUACAUCUCCUGGUCAGUCGUCGCUGUCUGAGCCCUCAACCCAGCAAAGUCUCUCUGUGCCCUCUCUCCAGUCUGAGCCCUCAACCCAGCCAAGUCUCUCUGUGACCUCCACCCACUCACUGCUGUUUGAGCCCUCUCUCCAGCCUCUGCCAUCUGAGAACUCUAUCCAGCCAUCGCUCACUCUGAUCUCACAACCGCAAGAAAUCCUGACUGAUGAAGAACCAUCACUCCCUCCUUCACCUGUCCAGGAACCAAUCAUUGAUCUUGAUGAACAAGAGGAGACGGUUUCACAAAAUCAGUCUCCUGUAUCAACACAUCACCUUAGAGGACCUGUGGAUGAGAUUGAUCUACAGACAUUGAAAAAACUGGUCAGCAAAGUAGAUGACUGCUUCUCUCCAACAAGCAACCAAAUAAAUGUGUGCAGGGACAAUGUUUUUCCAUGUAGCCUGCGGGCGUUUAAACGGAAGUCCUUCGACCCUGAAGCAAGACUGGAUGUUGUCUUUGUGGAUGAAGAUGACAAUGGUGAAGGGGCAGUUGACGAAGGCGGCCCGACCAGAGAGUACCUAAGGCUGUUGAUGAGGGCCGUCCACCAAUCAAACAUCUUCGAUGGACAUGAGAAAGACCGGCAGUUGAGUCUUGAUACGCAAGCUUUACAGAGUAAACUGUACACCUGGGUGGGGAAAAUGAUAGCUGUGUGCAUCAUUCAUGGAGGAGUUGGUCCGCAUUUCUUCUCGGAAAGGCUUUUCCGGCAAAUCUGUGGAAUAGAAACGACCCCGGCCACGGUCGAUGAAGUUGGCGACCAUACUUUUAGGGAGCAGUUGAUGAAAAUACAGGAUGCAACAACAGUCAGAGAGGCAAACAAUGCAAUAACAGAGGCAGCAGAUAGUCUCAGUAUUAUAGGUGCCUUGAGACAUGUGUCCAGCCUGGAAGAGAAGGACUCCCUUGUCCAGUCAGCUGCUGACUUCUUUGUCAACGGCAGAUUGGCGACUGCCCUGGACCAGUUUGCUGAUGGGUUAAAAACCCUUGGAUUACUCAAAGAGAUGAGGGAGAAUCCGGCCGUGUUCUUCAACUUCUUUGUCAAUGAGGAAAUUCCCCUUCAGGCGAAGGACCUGUGCAAGUUAUUUGUUCCAGACUUCUCAGCGCAGGGCAGCAACCGGAGAAACCGAGAAAAUAUGACAAUCUGCUUCUGGCGUGACUUGUUGAUUGACAUAGAAGGUGUGAAAGGCAUCACUUAA